GAAAGUGACGUCAGGGCAACUUCCGGUGGACUGACCCGGUGAGUGUGACAGAUCGCUGGUGAGGCAGAUCAGAGUGAGAGACAGCCGAGGAGGAUUCAACUAAAUUUAAGACAUAUGAAAUGGCAGAGAAUGUCACUGAUUGCGAGCAGCGGCGUGUUGGAACAUCAAAAGAACAACACAAUGGAACUUUUCCAGAUCCAUCUUUCCUGAGUGAUAAGAGGAGAAGAGACAGAGAAGAAAGACAGAGUAUUGUCCUCUGGAGAAAGCCACUAAUUACCUUACAGUAUUUUUUCUUGGAAAUGCUUAUAAACUUGAAGGAAUGGAGUUUGAAAUUAUGGCACCGACGUGGGUUGGUGGUGUCCUUAUUACUUCUGCUUACACUUCUUACAGUAGCGUAUUAUAUUGAAGGAGCACAUCAACAGUAUGUACAGUAUGCGGAGAAGAGACUUUUAUGGUGUGCCUACUGGGUAGGCUUAGGAGUACUUUCCUCGGUUGGACUCGGAACGGGUCUUCAUACCUUUCUACUAUAUUUGGGUCCACACAUAGCGUCUGUGACACUUGCUGCUUAUGAAUGUAACUCGGUUAAUUUUCCCGAACCACCUUAUCCUGAUGAAAUUAUGUGUCCAGAAGAGGAAGGCGUAGACGGCGCUAUUACACUAUGGACUAUCAUCUCCAAAGUUAGGCUAGAGGCUUGCAUGUGGGGUGCUGGCACUGCUAUUGGUGAGCUUCCACCAUACUUUAUGGCCAGAGCAGCUCGUCUUUCUGGACAAGAACCCGAUGAUGAAGAAUAUGAGGAAUUUGAGGAGAUGUUGGAGCAUGCUCAGACAGCACAGGACUUCGCAUCUCGAGCUAAACUGGCUGUCCAGAACUUGGUUCAAAAAGUUGGGUUCCUAGGCAUUCUGGCCUGCGCUUCAAUUCCUAACCCCUUGUUCGACCUGGCAGGGAUAACAUGUGGACACUUCCUUGUACCAUUCUGGACUUUCUUCGGAGCCACUCUGAUUGGGAAAGCUAUUAUAAAAAUGCAUAUUCAGAAACUCUUUGUUAUCAUAACUUUCAGCAAGCACAUUGUAGAGCAGAUGGUGUCCCUAAUCGGCUCUGUACCAAGUAUCGGUCCUUCCUUGCAAAAACCAUUCCAGGAGUAUCUGGAGACUCAAAGGAAAAAGCUUCAUCAUAAAUCCGAUGCCGGCUCCCCGCAGGGGGAAAACUGGCUAUCAUGGGCGUUUGAGAAGCUGGUGAUUGUUAUGGUGUUUUAUUUCAUUCUCUCCAUCAUCAACUCCAUGGCACAGAGUUAUGCCAAGCGUGUUCAACAGAAAAAGUUCUCUGUAGAGAAGACAAAAUAAGGGCUUGGCAACUUGGGAAUAAAGGGGAGGGUGAAGCCAGAAAAAAAGACAAUGCUACUAAGCAGAACCUUUAUUGACCUGAUUAACUGUUUCAAUACCAAUUGACAAAAUAAACUGGGAUAUUUUUAAAAGCAUUUUUCCCUAAAUCAUAUUAAGUUAUUUUUUUAAUAUUUUUUCACAAUAUAAGUUAACUUUCUGUGAAAAAUAAGAGGUGUAUUUGUGGCAAAGAAAGGUAAUGUAUGUUUGCUGUUUUCUUUUCCCUUUUGUAAUGCAGAUUUGAUCACUUGUCCCUUGCUACCAGUAGAUCUUUCUAACCUCUAGAUCCGAAUCAUCAGUGUGUGUUAAUUUUAAGAGGAGAGAUUUUCAGUUAGAGUAUAGCGGGUAAGCCGGAACUUGCCAUGCAGGGCCACAUACCCUUAAUGUUGCUUUCUUCGGUUUGUCCUGUAUGGGGCCAUUGCUGUAGUUGAAGGCAGCAGCCGUGACUGCAUCAGACGCGUAGUUUACUGGAGUAUUCAUUUGAGGACCUUUUUGAAAUUAUUAUACUGCAUUAUUCCAGCUGCUUCAAAUAUUUCUAUGGCAAAGAUUAUUAGAAGAGAUACUUAGUAAAUACAUCUAUUUAAACUCAUUUAGGGACAUAAAUACUUUUACUUUACUUUCAGUUAUCUUUGUAAAUGCAAAUAAAUGCUGUUAAUGUUCCUGUAUGUUAAAUGCCAAGAGAGGACACACACAUCCCAGUCCAAAUAUGGCCAACUUGGCAAGGGUCUGCAUGCUGUGUUCUGAGUCAGAGUUUCUGUAAGGAUGUACAUUUGGAGGGGGAUAAAGGACUGCAAUCAGUACAGAACAGAUCUCCCCACUCCCUCCUCCCUUAGUACAAGCUGCUCACUUAAACCAGUGUACACACUUGGGAACCGUCCAGUUCUAUAAAACUGACAUCAUUCAUUUUUUUUUUCACUUUGUACAUAUAGAAUGGAAAACUGAAACUUAACUUUAUAAAGCAACUUUGAUCAUUCCAGAA